AUGUCAGCCUAUGUCAGCCUAUGUCAGCCUAUGUCAGCCUAUGUCAGCCUAUGUCAGCCUAUGUCAGCCUAUGUCAGCCUAUGUCAGCCUAUGUCAGCCUAUGUCAGCCUAUGUCAGCCUAUGUCAGCCUAUGUCAGCCUAUGUCAGCCUAUGUCAGCCUAUGUCAGCCUAUGUCAGCCUAUGUCAGCCUAUGUCAGCCUAUGUCAGCCUAUGUCAGCCUAUGUCAGCCUAUGUCAGCCUAUGUCAGCCUAUGUCAGCCUAUGUCAGCCUAUGUCAGCCUAUGUCAGCCUAUGUCAGCCUAUGUCAGCCUAUGUCAGCCUAUGUCAGCCUAUGUCAGCCUAUGUCAGCCUAUGUCAGCCUAUGUCAGCCUAUGUCAGCCUAUGUCAGCCUAUGUCAGCCUAUGUCAGCCUAUGUCAGCCUAUGUCAGCCUAUGUCAGCCUAUGUCAGCCUAUGUCAGCCUAUGUCAGCCUAUGUCAGCCUAUGUCAGCCUAUGUCAGCCUAUGUCAGCCUAUGUCAGCCUAUGUCAGCCUAUGUCAGCCUAUGUCAGCCUAUUCAGCACGGCCUGUUGGACAGCAACGGGCAGGACUUAAGAGGGGGCCCGCAUGUGAGAUCACGCCCACACCUGGCCGUGGGCGUGGCGUCGCAGCCGGCAAGGGUGUAAUCAGAAGGGGCCGUCAUCUUGCAUGUUGCACCCGCUUGCAACUGCUCUCACUCAAAAACAAAAUCCCGUGUGAGGCGACAGGUGUGAGGUUACAAACACCGCCGCUGUUCCGCUGUUGUCGGCACCGUGUUCUGCUGUGCCUGCUGCUCCCGUCGGUGCUGGCAGCUGGUUCCUCUCCCUCUCGUCCAUCUGCUGCCCAUCUCCCGCCCUCGGAUGCUGCGCUGAUUUCGUUACGGCUUCAUCGUCCGGGCCAAUCAUGCGACACCCCAGCGCCCCCUCUGCAGCUUCCGCAUCUACCUGAGAGAGAGAGAGAGUCCCAGACAGCAUCAUCGUCGCCGUUGUCAUCGCCAGCAUCCUCAUCUCCAGACUCAUCUCCAGUGCGUCGGGGAUGCCCUUCGCCUAGCCCCUUCGCCGCGGACAGCGCACCGGACACGGAAGAGACGCAUGCAGUGUGUCCGUAG